CCAGCGGCAUUCCAUUUUUCUAGGGUUAGGGUUUUAGGUCACGACGGCUAUGGCGCAGUUCGACCAGACGCUCAAGAUUGCGCCCUUCCUGGACAGGCAUCUGGUGUUCCCGCUGCUCGAGUUCCUCCAGGACAAGGGGAUCUAUCCCAAUGACCAGAUUCUCAAGGCCAAGAUCGAGCUGCUGGCCAAGACCAACAUGGUCGACUACAUGAUGGACAUCCACCGCAGCCUCUACGACGAGGUCCCCAAAGAGAUGAUGGACAGGCGUGCCGAGGUUGUGAAUCGCCUCAAGGCCCUCGAGGAUCUGGCGGCUCCCUUGAUCGCCUUCCUGCAAAACCCGCAAAUGACCGCGGAGCUCAAGCCCGAGAGGCAAGCCAAUCUCCAGAUGCUUCACGACCGGUACCAGAUUGGUCCCGAGCACAUCGAUGCGCUCUACCAAUACGCAAAGUUCCAGUUUGAGUGUGGCAACUACUCGGGAGCCGCGGAUUUUCUCUACCAGUAUCGGACCUUGACCAUCAACAGCGAAAAGGCUUACAGUGCAAUGUGGGGCAAGUUUGCAGCCGAGAUACUGAUGCAAAACUGGAGCGGUGCAGAAUACGAGCUUGGAAAGCUCAAGGAAGCCAUGGAUUCUAAGAAUUUUUCAUCGCCGCUUGUCCAAGUGCAAAAUCGAGUGUGGCUCAUGCAUUGGAGCCUCUUUGUGUACUUCAACCUCGAAAGUGGGAGGCAUAGUCUCAUCGACUUGUUUAUGAAUGAUAGAUACCUUCAUGUGAUACAAACGCAUGCACACCAUCUGCUGAGGUACCUCGCUGCUGCCUUUGUGGUCUGCAAGAGGAAGCAUCGCGGGAACAUAAAGGACUUCAUCAAGGUGAUCCAGCAGGAGCAUCACACUUACAGGGAUCCCAUCACCGAGUUCCUCGAGUGCCUCUACGUCAACUACGACUUUGAAGGAGCUCAACGGAAGCUCCAAGAGUGUGAAGAUCUCAUCCUGAAUGACUUCUUCCUUGGGCGUCCGGAAACGGACAACGGCUACAUUGUGUACAAGUUCAGGGACGAGUUUUUGGAGAACGCACGCCUGGCAAUGUUCGAGACAUACUGCAAAAUCCAUCAAAGGAUUGACAUUGGGAUGCUGUCUGACAAGCUUCACAUGAAUUACGACGAUGCCGAGCGCUGGAUCGCCAACCUCAUCAAUUUUUCCAGGCUCGAUGCCAAGAUCGAUUCGAAGAAUGGAACGGUUGUCAUGGGCGUGCAGCACACGGACGUGUACGAGCAAGCCAUCGAACGGACAAAGCCUCUGGCAACCCGAACUUACGUACUAGCUCGCAACAUCGCUGAGAAUUUGCCUGUGAGAGCUUGAAAUCCUUGCUCGAAGUUUUGGUUCGUGAGAUCUGUCAAACGCAAGCGCUUUUAUUUCUUUUGUUUGCAGAACACUCUUACGUAACAAUCUAUCCUUCCCCGUUUAACGCCAUAGCUCAGGAGCUUACGUUGUCUUCC